UCGUGCGUUGAAGUUUUGUACAGAAAUGAGCGGCGUUUUGGAGUUGUGAAGUGGAUUGAUGAUGGCGAUAACGAGGUGCGGCAGAAUAAUCGAAUAGUUGCCGUCGAAAUUGAAGGAGAUAUGCCAUACGAAUGGCGAACGAUGGAUCUGAUGCAGCUGAAAGAGGCCCAGAAUGCCGGCGUUUUUGUCAAUGCUGGUCUCGAUUCGAUCGCACUUGUUCCCUAUUGCUCACUUCGACCAGAUGAUCGCUUUGCAACAUCUGACAUACCAGAAAUACUCGAAAAUUGUGACGCCGAAAGAGUAUCGUCAUCGAAUUUCGGAAGCUUGGAUAGUGGCGUGGAAAAGAAUGGGCGAAAUUCCUUUUGCAGCAUUUUGGCAAGCAGAUGUGCAACAGCGGCAGACUCAAUUCAUACGGAAGUAACUGAUAUCCUGAAAACUGAAAUUGUCUAUCCUCUAAGACGGUUUCAUUUCGUUCGUGCCGAUCAUGUUUUUAAUCUGAGGCGACUGCUGGAACGAUUUUUACCCGAAAUGAGUGGAUUAACAACGGGCGAGAAAGAUCCAGAAGAGCUGUUGAAUGCUCUUUUCAAUACAGUUCUACGAGUUGAACCGUUUUUUGUCAUGAAGAAUACGACAGAUGGUAAAACGAGUCCAUCGUUUAUUUGUCCAUUAAUUACGGAGGAUUUAUGGAGCGAUGACCAGCGCCGACUGAUCAGCGUACAGGCACUUCUAGAACGAUCGCUUUUCGCCUCGAAUAUCCAGUUUGCUUCUGAACCAAAAGUAUUAAUUCUUCAGCUGCCGCGCUACGGCCAGCAAAAAGUCUUUGACAAAAUAUUUCCUUCACAAGAAGUUGAUGUCACUCACUUGAUUCAUGCGGGUAAACGGCCAUGUAUAGGCUGUGGCAAACUGGCGAAUGUGAUGUGUCCUGAAUGUUUUUUGACCCAGGAAGUUCUGAUUUGCGAGGUGACAUAUUGUACGAUAUGUUAUGAUCGAGCGCACUGUGGUCUGGAUCAUCAGCCGCAACAUCUACAGGUCUCCUCGGCAUUCUCAUCGCUGUCGCUUUCACGACGAACUCAAAUCCCACAAAAAAAGCUCCAACUGGCCUCGGUACUUUGCAUCGAAACAUCACACUACGUAGCAUUUGUGCGUGCCAUGAACGCUAAUAAAUGGCUAUUUUUUGAUUCAAUGGCCGAUCGAGUAGGCUUAUCGGAUGGCUUCAAUGUGCCACAGGUGAAACUCUGUGAUAAGAUGUCGAAUUGGCUCAGUGAUUCGGGAUGGGCCAAAAUGCGUGACUGUGUUCUGCGAGAGGGGCAUUUACCGAACGAUGUUGCCAGCGAUCCGGAUUUGAUGCGCCUACUCAGUGAUUGCUACAUAUGCUUCUAUACGGAUGAGGAGAACAGAAACGAAGGUCUCAGUCUAACACGUUUUUUCACGUGA